GCUGCUUUGUGAACAUGAAAUGGUUUAUUUAAUGAGAUAUAUUCAGUUUUUAUGGUGAGACUGAGUACUUGAAUGGAAUGAUUGGUGACCUCAAUGGAUUAUAUCAUUUCAUCUGUCAUUUCAAGUAAAGAGAAAUUAGACUUUGACCAUGAUGUUGUUAAACAAAACUGUUUAUUGUUAUUACAUGUUUGAUGUAUAGUGCUAAAAACUGAGUUUCAAUACUUGUGUUGUGCACAACACAGAUAGUCCAAUGUGUAGCUUUGUGCUUAACUACAAAACAAGCAAACAAGACAUGUUCAGUAUAAAAGUAAAUUAUAAAUAAUAUCAAAUUAUAAUUUGUUAGACCAAUGGCAAUGCAGAGAUGGGUUGGUCGUGUAGCUGUUGUUACAGGUGCUUCUGCCGGAAUUGGUGCGGAAAUUUGUCGAGAAUUAGUAAAGCAUGGAAUGAUAGUUGUUGGGUGUGCUCGUGAUGUUGACAGAAUUCGAGCGAUUUGUGAAGAGGAAAAUGUUAAGUCUGCUGUAGGUUCUCUUAAGCCUGUCAAAUGUGACCUGACAAAAGAAAAUGAAAUCCUGAGUAUGUUUGAAGACAUCAGAAAAACUUAUGGUUGUGUUCACUUGUGCAUCAACAAUGCAGGAUUUUCUGAAAUUAAUACUACCUUACUUGAAGGUGAUACAGACUCCUGGAGACGAAUGUUAGAGGUGAAUGUGAUGGGUCUAUGUAUCUGUACAAGAGAGAGCAUUAAGCUUAUGAGAGAAAAUAGCAUCAACGAUGGUCAGAUCAUUCACAUUAGUAGCAUGUCUGCACAUCGGGUUCGUCCGGGAGGGCUUAGUUUUUAUUCUGGAACUAAAUUUAUGGUUAAAGCUUUAGCAGAAGGAUUUCGAAAUGAGUUACGAGCCAGUAACAGUGGAAUACGUGUGGCUUGCAUCAGUCCAGGCAUGGUUGACACUGAAUUUCACAAACGUUUGUUCAAAGACAAUCCUGAAGAAGCAAGACGCAGAGUUUCUCAGUUUACUUUUUUGAAAGCAGAAGACAUUGCUCGAGCAGUUCUCAAUAUCCUUGAGAUGGAGCCACAUAUAGAUAUAAAUGACAUUAUAAUUCGUCCUACAGAACAACCUUUUUAACUUUUAUUAUAAUAAAAUGAUUAACUUUUCCAAUUUUUUUAAUAUUAAGUAUUAAAUGAAGGAUACUUCUUGUUUAAAUACAGUAUGUCAAUAUGUUUUGUAACUCUUUUGCACUUAACAUUAAUAUAUGCACUCAGCAGUGAUAUAUUUUUAUUAAAAGAUAUUGUUACGUC